ACUCGUGGCCUUGUCAUCUGCACGUGUGGAGCGACUGGGAGAGUGCCCAAAAGUGCCGAGCUGUUGAAGAGUUUCGUCGAGAAUGACAUUUUUGAUUUUGUUCUCACUUUUGCAGGCGUCUAUACCAUGGACACAAUCGUUGCGCCCGCCUUGACCCGGUUCGUCGAAAAUGUGUACAUCUACGACAUGAAGAUCUGGGACGCACUUGAAAAGUCGUUCGGCGAGGAUCUUCACGCACUCAAGCAGGCGCCAGUGAUGUUGGCGUUCGCCGACAUACGUAUUGGCCCGAACAAUACUCGCGAACGUGUGGUCGAUUCACGGGUGCUCGCGUACUCGAACCUCUUGGAUGGCAGGCCUUGGGGCCUGGAUAUAUUCCGUUGCUUGAACGCAAAAUGUGGUGCCCCAUCCUACAACAUCAUCUUUCACCCUUACGGCAAAAAGUACUAUGGGAGGUACUGGUUGAACACGAACAUCAGGUAUACCUGCCUCCAGUGCCGCAUGACCGUAAACAAGAUCCCAUGUCCAAAAUGGAUCCACGCAGCUUUCUCUCAGAAUUAUGGGCGAGUCUGGUAUCAGUGGCCACUGACUGCAGCACAAUUACGCGACAUUGGUGUCACGCGAUGA